AUGGGAGAGAUCCUCGUUUUUGCGGAUCAAAGUACGAACAGCGCCGUCGUGUUGCAGGAGGCAUGCAGAAGACGUGACCAUGCCCGUCUGCAAGACUUUCUGCGUCGGGCGACUGAAGCUUUGAGCUCAGAAGCCGACUCCGCAUCUCAUACGUUCAGAGACAAUACCGGACUCUCCUCGCCGGAGGAACUCAUUCAAGAGUAUAUCAUACUAUCUCACUCAGAUGGAGCAUUCGAAUGUGCACUCUUGUGUAUGUCGCAAUUUGCCCACUUUGUCAGCAUAUACGAAAGUAGGCCAACUGCAUACCCUCGGCAGACACCUGAGACGUGCCUGAUCGGGAUGGGUCUUGGUCUUGUCGUUGCAAACGCCGUGGCUUCGGCUGAUUCAUUGUCUGCAUUGAUACCUCUCGCGGUGGAAUCUGUCCUGGUAGCCUUCAGAUUAGGAUUUCACUUACAAAACGCUGUCACUCAAUUGGGGUGCGAUCCUCUCGGCCAGCAUUGGUCAAAGGCGUUCCGUCAAGACGAGGCCGUUGUCGAAAAUGCGAUGGAAAGGUUUCACCACCGAGAAAACAUCCGUUCAGACUCGAAGCUGAGACUGAGCACGGUAACUGCGAGCUAUAUCAUCGUUUCAGGUCCUGCAUCUGUGCUAGCCAAGUUCUCCAAAUACCUACCUUCGGAUGAGUCAAGCAAGCAGAUGCCUAGCAACCUUUAUGAACCUCACCAGCUCAUGCACCUAAUACCACCGUCAAUCAUCGAAACCCACAUCCUAUCUUCCUCGACCAAGAGUACAUUCAGUGCAUCUGAGCCCCGCCUGCCUUUUUUCAGCGGGUCAAACGCCAGACCCUUGCCUGGAAUGGCACCUCUUGAAAGUCUUCAGAGCACCAUUCGAGAAAUCACAACGUCGACCUCAAGAUGGACAAAGCUCUUCGAAGGUCGAUUUCCUCGUUGGCGCCAGACGCUCACCGUAGUAACGCCUGGAUCGACCCUCCGAAGUAGUAGCGUUUUUGGAGAACUUGCUUCUCGGAACUUCGAAAUCACAUAUGAGGAUUUGUCAGACUGGGUCUCAGCAGAUUAUCAGCAGCGGUUUUCAGAUGUUUCCUCUGUGGGAAGCGUCAAGCAUUUCUCCGAGCAACGUGUGACACCGUUGAUCUCUCGAAACCUUAGGUCGUCGAAAGCUCACAGCCCUCAAAUGAGAUUAGGCUCGCACUCACGCCCUGAUAUUUCCAGGGUGGACUCAGGUUACGUUUCUCAGGAUGAAAGCCUUAGCCAAAAGGCUACUGGAACAGUGGCACUUGAUAUUGGAGACUUGAUAACGAUGGACAAUAAGCAACAGACACUAUCGAGCGUAGAGCCUCCUUUUACGGCAGAUGCAAAAGAAGUGGCCCUUGGUGGUGAACGUUAUACCGGCCAUUCAGCACCAGAGAUGGUAACGGCUGCUGUGAUAUGA